AUGAAGGCUAGUUCUGCUGUUCGUAUGCUGAUUAACAUAACUCAAAUUUUUCUUGUUUGGGAUCGUCCUGAUACUAGUCAGUUCAAGCUUAAUGUUGAAGGGUCGUCCAAAUGUGCGUCUAGAGUCACUGGUGCUGGAAGAGUAAUCUGCGAUGACAUAGGGAAUUGGAUUGGUAGUUUUGUGGCUAAUCUGGGGAGUGGUGACAUCUUAGCAGUUGAAAUAUGGGGGUUGUUCUUUGGUUUGAAACUUGCUAUCCAAAGGGACAUCUCAAAUUUGUGUAUUGAAAUGGACUCUGUGACUGCAGUCCUACUUUUCCAAAAAUCUUCCCUCUUUGUUCUACAUCUGAUGGCAUCUUUGUUGUCCAGUUGCUAUGCUCUUAUGCGACAAGUGGGUAAUUGUGUGAUUAACCACAUCUAUAGGGAGAAAAAUAGAGCGGCUGACUGUUUAGCGAAGGGGAGCUAUAAUUUUGAUUUGGGGGUUUGUGGUGCUUGA